AAAUGCUCAUUGAACAAGACAAAAGAAAAAAGUGCGAGCAAAAUAAUCACGAAGACGCUCAGGAAAAUGAAUCUUUAAAUGAAGCUCUUAAAAUUAAACUGGAAGACGCUAUUAGGAAAAAGUGUGAAAUGAAAAAAGUGAGCGAGGCCUUAGAAAAGAGGAUGGAAGAAGAAGCUCAAAGAAUGAAAUGCGAGGAGGAAAAGAAACACAACGAUAAACUAGAAAAAAAAAGGAAAAAAUCUCGUAAGAUGCCAAGCGGAGCUCUGAGGAAAAACCAUGAAGAAGACGCUGUUAAGAAAAAAUGUGCAAUCAGAAAAACUCGUGACGCGGCAGAAAAGAACAAGAAAGAAGAGUUAGAAAGAAAAAAGAGCGAGGAGGCAAAGAACCACAGAGAAGCUCUAAAGAAAAGGAUCGAACUAGAAGCUUUUAAGGAAAAGUGCGAAGCUCUUCGGAAAAAGCAGGAAGAAGAUGCCAUUAGGAAGACGUGCUCCGUGAAAAAAAUUCGAGAUGAGGCUGAAAAAAAUAUUCAAGAAGAUACAGAAAUACAAGCUUUUACAGCAAAGUGCGACGCUCAUAAGACAAAGCAAGAAGAAGACGCUAUUAGGAAAAAGUGUGCAAUGAAAGAAGAGGCAGAAAGACAAAAGGAUGAGGAGGAAAAGAAGCGAAAAGAGGCUCUAAAAGCAAAGAUCGAACAAGAAGCUUUAAAGGAAAAGUGCGAAGCUCUUCGGAAAAAGCAAGAAGAAGAUGCCAUUAGGGAAAAAUGCGCCGUGAAAAAAAUUCGAGAUGCGGUUGAAAAAAAAAUUAAAGAAGAGGCAGAAAGACAAGCUUUGAAAGAAAAGUGCGAAGCUCUUAAGAAAAGGCAAGAAGAAGACGCUAUUAGGAAAAGGUGCGCAUUGAGAAAAGCGCAAGAAGCAAUUGAAAAUAACAUGAAAGAACAAGCAGAAAGACUAAAGGAUGAGGAGGAAAAGAAGCAAAAAGAGGCUCUACAAGAAAAGGUCGAACAAGAAGCUUUCAACGAAAAGUACGAAGCUCUUCGGAAAAAGCAAGUAGAAGAUGCCAUUAGGGAAAAAUGCGCCGUGAAAAAAAUUCGAGAUGCGGUUGAAAAAAAAAUGGAAGAAGAAGCAGAAAGACAAGCUUUGAACGAAAAGUGCAAAGCUCUCAAGAAAAAGCAAGAAGACGCUAUUAGGAAAAAGGGUGCAAUGAGAGAAGAGGCAGAAAGACAAAAGGAUGAGGAGGAAAAGAAGCAAAAAGAGGCUCUAAAAGCAAUGAUCGAACAAGAAGCUUUUAAGGAAAAGUGCGAAGCUCUUCGGAAAAAGCAAGAAGAAGAAGCCAUUAGGGAAAAAUGCGCCGUGAAAAAAAUUCGAGAUGCGGUUGAAAAAAAAAUUAAAGAUGCAGAAAGGCAAGCUUUGAAAGAGAAGUGUGAAGCUCUUAAGGAAAGGCAAGAAGAAGAAGCUAUUAGAAAAAAAUGUGCAAUGAAAGAGGCAGAAAGGCAAAAGAAUGAGGAAAAUAAGCGAAAAGAGGCUCUAAAAGCAAAGAUCGAACAAGAAGCUUUUAAGGAAAAGUGCGAAGCUCUUCGGAAAAAGCAAGAAGACGCCAUUAGGGAAAAAUGCGCCGUGAAAAAAAUUCGAGAUGCGGUUGAAAAAAAAAUGAAAGAAGAUGCAGAAAGACAAGCUUUGAAAGAAAAGUGCGAAGCUCUUAAGAAAAGGCAAGAAGCUAUAAGAAAAAAAUGUGCAUUGAAAGAAGAGGCAGAAAGACAAAGGGAUGAGGAGGAAAAGAAGCGAAAAGAGGCUCUAAAAGAAAAGGCCGAACAAGAUGCUUUUAAGGAAAAGUGCGACGCUCUUCGGAAAAAGCAAGAAGAAGAAGCCAUUAGGGAAAAAUGCGCCGUGAAAAAAAUUCGAGAUGCGGUUGAAAAAAAAAUGAAAGAAGAUGCAGAAAGACAAUCUUUUAUCGAAAAAUGCGAAGCUCUUAAGAAAAGACAAGAAGACGCUAUUAGGAAACAAUGCGCACUGAAAAAAGCGCAAGACGCAGAUGAAAAUAACAUGAAAGAUGUAGCAGAAAGAAAUAAGAACGAGAAGGAAAGGCAGCGAAAAGCAGCUUUAGCAAAUAUGGGCGAACUAGAAGCUUUAAGGGAAAAGUGCGAAGCUCUUAGUAAAAGGCAAGAAGACGCUUUAAGGAAAAAGUGCACACUGAAAAAAAUGCGAGACGAAGUUGAAAAUACUAUGAGAGAGGAGGCAGAAAGAAAUAAGAACGAAGAAGCUUUAAAGGAAAAGUGCGAAGCUCUUCAGAAAAAGCAAGAAGAAGACGCUUUAAGGAAAAAGUGCGCAAUGAAAAAAACGCAAGACGAAGUUGAUAACAUGAAAGAGGAGGCAGUCAGACAAAAGAUCGAGGGCGAAAGGAAGCGAAAGGAAGCUCUAAAUAAAAAGACCGAACUACUAGAAGCUGCUAAGGAAAAGUGCGAAGCUCUUGGAAGAAGGCAAGAAGAAGCUUUAAGAAAAAAAUGCGCAUUAAAAAAAAUCCAUGCCUCAUUUGAAAAGAUACAAGAAGACAGACAAAGAAAAAGACAAAAGACUAAAGAGACUAAUACACAGGAAAAAACAAAACAGGACAGGCAAAAAAGCGAAGAAGCUGCAGAAGAGUUGAUUUAUGAGGAGAAGGAUCAAAACGCAAAAAAUAUUUUGCUUCGAUCUUCUCUUUAUAGAACAACUGGCAAACAAGACUUUCAGCCCGGUAAUAAAGUGUCAAUUGUUGGCGCUGGAGCCGUCGGUAUGGGUUGCGCCUUUGCCCUGCUAUCCAAGCACGUCACGAAUAAUAUAGCCAUCUACGAUGUGAAGAAGGACUUAUGUUAUGCAGAGCGGCAGGAUCUUCAACAUGGGUCUCUUUUCCUUAAUAAUUGCAAUAUUGACAAUGACACUAGCAUCGAGUGCACCAAAAAUUCGCGCGUAAUAGUGAUUGCUGCUCGACCGCACAGUGAACCAAACGAACCACACUUAACUCGGCUCAACAGAUCGGCAGAUAUUAUCAAGCAAAUUGCUCCUGAAUUACUUAAGUAUAGCCCAAAAGCUGUCUUUAUCAUUGUAUCAGAUCCAGUAGAUCUGAUGACUUGGAUUACUCGCAAGAUUACAAACCUACCCUAUGAGCGCUGUUUCAGCACCGGGUGCCACUUAGAUACUGCUCGUUUCCGCAUGUUCAUAGCGCAGUUGGUGGGGGUGUCGACGAGCUCGGUCCAAGGAAUGGUUCUUGGGGAGCAUGGAGAUACUUCUGUACCAAUAUGGUCCUCCGUCAGUGUGGGUGGAACCCUACUAAAGAACUUGCUGCCGCCAAUAGGUACUGAUGAAGAUCCGAUGGUAUGGUCGAAUGUACACAAGAGCGUAGUUAAUGCUGCUUAUAAAGUAAUCGCUGGUAAGGGUUAUACAAAUUGGGCGAUCGGUCUUACUGUAGCGGACGUUGUGUCUGCUAUAUUUGAAAACAGUAAUCGCAUCAUGUCGUUGUCAACAAAUGCAAAGGGUAUGUGUGGAGUUAAAGACGAAGUUUUUCUUUCGCUGCCUUGUAUUAUUAACCAGUGGGGCAUUUAUGGAAUAUUACAUCCUCAACUUUCAGAUUGGGAGAAAGAGAAGCUCAAGAAGUCGGCUAAAAGGUUACUCUGCACACAGAAUAAUAUGAAGCUCUAAUUGCCCGAUUUUAGUAAAGUUUUCAAUAUUAAUAAAUUUCUUUUAAUUGGUGUAGGCAGAGCUUUUUGCCAGAUAUAGAAUUUCGUUUGAAAUUCACGUUUUGUUUUUACUGUUUUAGUACACCGAAAACGAAAUAAAAAUAAAUAUAAAUAUAUAGCUCGACUCUGAAAAACCGCAAAGAAAUUUAUAUGAAGCACCAAGUGUAGGCACACUCGUACAAAAUUUUUCCGUUGAAUCUUUCAAGAAGCGUUUGAGUUCGCUUGAAACACGUCGUACUGCAUUACCGUCUAUUGAAUUGCGGCGAAUUGUAAAAUAUCUGUAAAACGCAUGCUGAAUUUAUUUGGAAUGAAAACUCAGAUAAAUGAAACUUUCGAUG